CGCCGUGCUUUGCGAGCUCCUACUGCGAGUGUCCCCGGACGCCGCGCCAUGUGGACUCUGGAAGACGACAAGAUCCUGAUGGAUGUCCUUCUAGAGGCCGGAUCCAGAGGGGAGGCAUACGGUUCUCCACGCGACAUUGUCUGGAAACGGGCUGCUAUCAAGGUCAACGCUGAGAGUACCAAAAAGUACGGUGCCACGAAGACCGUAGUAAGGUGCUUUGGCCACUUCCGCGCGCUCCAGAAAAGAUUCUUAGAUUUUUGUUGUUUGAUGAACCAGCCGGGUAUGGGGUGGGACGACGAAAAGAAGAUGCUCGUCAUUCCGGAUGACAAGUGGGAAGAGAUAGUCCUGGCUAAUGGACAAUACAAAACGUAUCGUAGCAAACCCUGGCCCUUAUUUGAAGAGAUGAAAGUGCUUUGCGACAUGAGUUGCCUCGAAGAUGUUGCAGAUCAGCAAUCUCCGCCCGCUGCGCUGCAUACUGAGGCUGAAUACGAAUCAUCAGCCUCCCCUACUCCAGAAUACGAUGAAGAGGACGAGUCGUGGCUUGACGACGACGGCUCAUACAGCACUCGGACACCGUCUGCCUCGGCAUCUGGCCUCGCACUACCCCAACAUACCGUGAAGAACCAGCGCAAGCGCUCGGCCAGCCCAGACCGCACGUCCCGGAAGCGUCCGCGAGGCACCGAGAACAAUGCAGCCGCUUCAUCUGAUUUUCCGCCAGUGUCGCCAACCAUGGCUAGGUCUAUAUCUGAGAACGCACAUAUGGGCCCAGCUCGUGCUCAAAGGGUCACAUCCCCGGUUGAUGGCGAGCAUACCCAUGUACGUUCGAACCUGUCAGCCGCAGAGCGUCGCGCCAAGGCCAUACGCCUUAUGGAGAACGACAACGAAUACUCGGACAGUGAGCAGGUGGCUAUUAUCGAGUUGUUCGAACGAAGCCCUGCUGUUGUGGAUUCCUUUCUGGCUAUUUCAAAGAAGCAUACUCGUAUACUCUAUGUCCGUCAUGCACUUUCAAAUCACGCUCGCGAUUCCUCGCUUCAUGCCAACUCAUGUACUAUUAUGUAGUCCUCCUGCAUGCUGUUAUGAAAUGU